AUGACGUCGCGCAUCACAGACGACGGAACGGACAAGACUUCCGCGCCCGCGCUGCCUGUCCCCGCGUCGAACGCGGCUCCAGAGCCGUACCAAAAGCACUUCAAGGGGAAGGGUGCGUCGAAGUUCGUUGACCCGUGCGCGGAAGCCUCAAAGGCGUCGAUGAACUGUAUGAACCUUCACGACUACGACCGUGAACAGUGCCUGGAUUACUUCCAGGCCUACCGGGACUGCAAGAAGGCCUGGAUGGAACAACGAAAGGCUGACCGUCGCGCCGGAAAGGCCGUUGACUGA